UUGAAAUUCCCGGAAUUCCUAAUUCCCCCAGGAAGAUCCUCUGAAGUGGGCAUUGGGUGCCUCCAGGCUCUCCUCGUACAACGAAGCUUAGUUUACCAAUUGCGCGACUGAUUCAAGUUUUCACUGCAAGCCAUGGAAGAUCCUCAUUCUGUCAGUAGUCCUAGAAGAAUUCUCAGCCUGUCAAAGAAGAGGAGGGCAACUGUUUCCUCUCUGGACAAAGAUGAAAGGACUUCCGGGUUUGGAGUGUCUGGAGAGCAUGGUCCCAAGCCAUCAGAAGUUUAUGGGUUCGUGGGUUCCAUAACUACUGUUGUUGCAACAGUUAUUUUCUUGGUAUGGGCAUAUGUUCCAGAGGCUUGGCUACAUUAUAUUGGAAUCUUCUACUAUCCUAGCAGGUAUUGGGCGUUGGCAGUGCCGGCUUAUCUGAUGGUGACAGUAGUAUUAGCAUUGGGAUUUUAUCUUGGUCUUAACUUCAUGUCGACUCCUUCCCCAACUUCCUUAAACACUGUGUUUGAUGAAUUCAGUAGAGAGCCAUCAAGCUUCCUGCCUUCAAUGGAUGGAGAUGAGCAGCCCAUUGAACCCAUAUCUGAUAUUGGCCUCGAUAGAAUUAAUGAUGUCAUGUUUAAUAAUGUAAAUUCAUGAUCCACACUAGGUUAUGACUGUCUUGUAUCCACAUUAGAUUUUGUUGAAGAAAUAUACACUAUUCUUAAUGUUUAUUAGAUUGUUGAGAUUAUAUUCUA